AUGAAGAAAAAUGUCAAUCGACACCAACAAGAGGUUGAAUAUGAUGUAGGGGACUAGGUACUACUCUGCAUCUACCCUACCCACAAGAGUCUGCAAAGACUAAAGUGCCAUAGCAGAUUGGUCAUAAGAUUUGACGGGCCUUUCUAGAUCAUCACCUACAUAGGAUGUCUGGCAUAUCGUCUACGACUCCCCCCUCAACUCCCAAUCCACCCGGUAUUUCACAUCUCCUUGCUAAAAGCUUACUAUGCAGAUGUGGACUACCUAGAGCAUAACCAGCCCCACCACCCCCCACCAAUGGUACAAACACACUUUGACCAAGUAGCAGCUCCCAUUUUAGAUCACCAAGUCAUCAACAAAGGAGGACGUAACCAUGCACACCGCAACACAUUCUAUUUGGUGCAAUGGGCAGAACAACCUCGAGAGGCUACAACAUGGGAAAAAGAGGUGGACCUAUGA